AUGUUGAAGUUCUACGAGGAGAAAGUUAGUCUCCUAAUUCCAGGAGUCACUCUAGCCGACUUGGAGCAUGGUCAGCACCGUAUCGCCAGACUCAUGGGGAUGCCGCGUAAGGUUUUGGUGAAGCCUAAACAUGUCCACUACCGAAUCAUUGAUCACCCCGUCCCCAACUUCACCCCUCUACUCGCUAGCGACUUGGACCGACUCCUUAAUCGAGAUAUAGCACACAUGGAUGACUUCACAGACGGACUGAAGAUCAUCACACCUAAGGCUAACAUCGACCGAUCAAUCGACCGAUCAAUCGACCGAUCAAUCGACCGAUCAAUCGACCGGGACAAGGACGAGCGUGUUUCUCAAGACGUGCAAGUUCGUCAAGACGUGCAAGUUCGUCAAAAUGAGGAAGUCAAUGACCAACAGGCGAAAAAUAAUCCACAAAUUAACAAUGACCAAGGUGUAAUGGCUACCGACCAAGGGGCUGACGAGGUGAUGACUGGUAACGAGGUGAUGACUGGAGUUGACGACGAAGGGGAAGGCGCUUUGCUUUUCUCCUGCACACUUCCCCGAGGGUGUUAUUUGACGUGUUUGUUGCGAGAGUUAUUGGAUGCCGAAAGUAUUGACGCAAUCUGCGCCAAGCGUCAAUGA